AUGGCUUUUCAGGCAAUGUUAGGUCUGGUGAAGUUGGGUGUCCAUUGCGUGACGGGCAAGAAGGUGGCGAUCAAGAUCAUCAACAGAGAGAAAUUGAGCGAGAGCGUUUUGAUGAAGGUGGAAAGAGAAAUAGCGAUUAUGAAAUUGAUAGAGCAUCCACACGUUUUGGGCCUCUCCGACGUUUACGAGAAUAAGAAAUAUUUAUAUUUAGUGUUAGAACAUGUGAGCGGUGGUGAGCUCUUCGAUUACCUGGUGAAGAAAGGUCGACUGACGCCCAAGGAAGCGAGGAGAUUCUUCAGACAAAUCAUAUCUGCGUUGGACUUCUGCCAUAGUCACUCCAUAUGCCACCGGGACCUAAAGCCAGAAAACUUGCUCCUGGACGAAAGGAACAAUAUAAAGAUAGCAGAUUUCGGUAUGGCCUCCCUGCAACCUGCCGGGUCUUUGUUGGAGACUUCUUGUGGAAGUCCUCAUUACGCCUGCCCAGAAGUUAUUCGGGGUUAUUGGUUAACUCCACCUGGAUACUUUAGGGGAUUGUACUGGUACUGGUAG